AUGUCAGAUUCUAGAUCAGAAUCAUCUUCGUCAUUAUCUGUAUACGCCUCAAUCUCUUCCUCUACAAGUACUAACGCCUUCAAUUUCAGAGCUGAUAGUGGUCAGCAAGGAAUUAAUGAUUCUCAUAAAAUUACAACUGAAAAUAAAAAUACUACAAUAAAAUCACCUGUAUCCCAUGAAAAUGAUAAAUAUACCAACAAACUAAAGGCUGAGAAUGAAACAACACCAGAUAAUGUGACCAAUACAGCUGAUACAAUAGGUGAUUAUAAAGGGAGGCCUUCGGCAUGUAUUUUUGUUGCAAGUUUGGCCUCAUCAUUACCAGAUGAUCAAUUAUGCAUGAAUGUCACGAAGCAUUUUCAAAACUAUGGUCAAUUGGUAGGUGUUAAGGUUUUGAGAGAUGAUCAUAACAGGCCUUAUGCCUUUGUUCAAUAUAUAAAUGACAAAGAUGCAAAACAUGCUUUAAAGAAUGCCAGUGGUACAGUUUUGAACGGUAGAAAAUUAAGAUGUGAGGCGGCCAAAGUAAAUAGAACCCUGCUACUAAUUAACUCGAAGCCAAUCGAAUAUACUGAGGUAAUCGACUUCUGUAAUAACUUUGGUAAAUUGGAGGUGUUAGUUCCAGGUAAACAGUCUUCCUCUAUUAGACAAGGAGGUGGUUUUAACAAAUUGGCGCCUUUUAGAUCAAGUAUUGGUAUAAACAUCAAACAGAAUCAACACAAUUCAUUAGAUAACUCCACUGUAAGCACAUCCUGGUUCACUCAAUUUGUUUUCAGAGAGGAUGCUAUUAGAGCAUUUGCAAAUAUUAAGGACUCGAACUUUUGGGACGUUCAAUGGGUUCAGAACGUUGAGGUCUCUCCGAAAUAUAAUCUAUUGAAUCGGGCCGAUCAAUUUGUUAAGCGCAAUCCUAGUAACGAUUCUAACGAAAGAGACUCAGAUGAUUUUGAAAAAGACGAAAAAGCAAAAUAUGGUUCAACAUUCUCACUAAAUGCUCGUGAGUCGGAUUUUCAACAAGACACAGAUUCAGUCUCAACCAUUUCUUCUGCUUCAAAAAGUAACGACAAGAUUGCCGCUGACCUUAAAUUUGCUUAUAGACAAAUAAACACCAGAGAUAAGUUCCAAAUUGAUAAAAAAUCGAUAUUUGUUGGUCAACUAGACCUAUCGACUACUAAGGAGAUUCUCGUAAAAAGAUUUUCCACUCACGGUAAGAUAAGAAAUAUAGAUGUAGUCAGUAAGCCUACAACGGUUUUUGCCUUUAUUGAGUAUGAAACGGAACAAGCGGCGGCAGCUGCUCUCGAUAAAGAAAAUCAUUCAAUUCUUCUGAGUAAGACGAUGCACGUACAGUAUAAGGAGAUAGGAGGACCACAUGGGAGGAGAUUGUUUAAAAGAAACUCUUAUUUUAAAGAGGUAUCAAAAACAUUCACACCACCAGAGGCAAAUUUGGCACCACCACCAAUUAACAUGUAUAUGAGAAUGGUUUCAGAUAACGAUUCGACAUUGAUACCUUUUCCUUACAUAGGAUAUCCACUUCCUGAAGGUAUACAUGAAAUUGAUAUUGUUCCAUUUUCUGGUAAUCCAUACAUAAAAGCAGGUGUAUCCGGUAGAAAUAUUUCAGCAACAGGUCAUUGGUCCAGUGUAAGGUCAAAUAGUAAUCAAAGUACAAUAGCAGAUGUUAGCAGCUUGAAUAUAAAUAAUACUACUUCACUUCAAGCUAAAGAUAUAACUUCUGAGACUCGAAAUGGUGGAACGACAUUAGAUGGAGAUAAGUCACAAUCAUCUGAUGGCGAGCAUCAUGUGGGUUCACCACUGUCUACAACAUCUACAGAACCACUAAACUCUAGUGAAAAGCAAAAUUUUAACCGUUACAAUAAUGGAACAAAUGGUUCUUACACUUAUGUGUCUAGACGUAAAUUUAUUAGCAGGAGAAAUGGUUAUGGCUAUAACGAGCCUCCAAGAAAUUGUUUUUUUCCACCAUACGUUUAUCCAUUUCAAUACCCAAUUGGAUCUAUCCAUGCUGGGCCUAAUGCGUCAGGGAACCAUCCUUAUAUGAUGGUGUAUCCACUACCUCCACCUCCUCCACCACCUCAUUCCGGAAUUAAGAAUUCCAUUAUACCCCCAACUCCAUUAGGGAUUCCACAAUCUAACACUUCAAUACCACCAAUGACGUCUUCGUCUUCUACACAAUAUAUGUCUACAGACUCCCCUAAAUUUAUACCAGAGAAGAAGAAACAAGAGUUAGAAUAUUAA